AGUAAUCAGAAAUCGCCAUCUUGUGCACCACAUGACCUCGUUGCCGUGUCCCGUGACCAGCUCACGUGAAUUUUGACAAAUUCAAACGUUUUUGGUAGAAAAAAAAAUGGAUAUUUUGGAGCAGCAUCUCGAACAACAGGAUGUCAGGUAGUGUUUAUGUUAAAUAUCGACUGGCUGAUAAUGCGAACACCUAUCCCUCCUGUUUCGCUCGAGGUCUCCUCAAGGUCAUCACGUAGUGCACAGUGCGCACUUACAAGACUUAGGACAACGGUCGUGGAAUACUGUUAACGCAAAGGAUGACGGUGGCACAGGAAUUGUUAUUGAAGAAGCGGAAAUCGUAGACUGCGAAGGAGAAACUGUUGCAGAAGAUGGAAUGCGUUACCAAGAAGCACUUGCAUAUAGAGUAGUUCAAGUAAAUGGAACUACUGCUGGCAAUGAAAUAGAACUGCCAGUCACUCAACCAGGAAAUAACACUGUACAGGUCCUGACAUCCCCAUUAAAUGGUCAGUUUUACGUUAUUGGAAAUGCUAAUGAUGUUUUCACAACUGCACAAGCUUCUAGAUCAUUGGUUCCUAGAACCACUACUUUACAAAUAGAAACACCAAGGAAUUGUACCACUGUAUUAAAGAAGAGAGAUGAUAGAAGAAGAGCCACUCAUAAUGAAGUUGAACGUCGACGAAGAGACAAAAUAAAUAAUUGGAUUGCAAAAUUGGGAAAAAUUAUUCCUGAAUGCAAUGCAGCUGCAAAUGGAAGUGGUAGUGGUAGUGGUGAAGGAAAGGCAAAUUAUGAAACUCAGAGCAAAGGAGGAAUUUUGUCAAAAGCUUGUGAAUAUAUAACAGAAUUAAGAGCAGCCAAUCAGGGAUUGGGACAAUGUUUACGUGAUAACGAAAAACUACGACAAGAAAUAACUGCUUUGAAACAACUUGUUGCGCAAUUGAAACGUGAGAAUCUUCAACUCAGAUCACAAAUCUCGCCCUCUACAGGAACGAACGUUGACGUUUGAAUCCUUAAAGUUGUUAGUUUAUAAUAUAUUGCUUUUUUUUUGUAAAUAUUAGGAUAUAUGACCUGAUCGAUGAUUAAAAAAAAUAUUUUCUCUUUGGUUUCAUGGGAACCAAAACAAAUUUCAUUACACUGAAAUUAUACAAAUUCUUUGAAAUAUUGGUCUUAAUCGGUAUGGUCAUAAUUACCGUCAUAACUUUGUAUACCUUUAUGCUACUCUAUUUGAUUUUUAAAUAACGUGAUGUGAAUAUAGCGUCAUUUGUUUUAUCAAAUUAUAUUUGUUUUUUGAUUAAAUAAUUUGAUUAAAUAUUGAAAUGUUAUAAUCUUAAUAUAUUCAUGAAUACACUAUGGGUAACAAUUCAUAAUUAUAUAAUGAUGUCAAUGAAGUUGCAUCUAUUCGUUCGUUGCAUAAAACUUAUGAAAAAAAAUUUUAUUUUUAUGUAUGCAUGAGUGCGUUGGAUCGAAUUACCUCGUGUAUCUUGAACGAGCCAAGGCUGUGAAUAUUAAACAUUGAUUUGAAUUUUUCGGAUGUGCAAUUUUAAAUGAACUAAUUAAAAUUAAUUUAAAAAAAAA